CGAAAGAGAAAAAGUUUAGUUUGACUAGAAGCUUGCUCGAAGUGAAAUCCUAAACGAUGGCAAACGCACUUGUGCGUAUUAAUUGCAUGCCAAAGCAACAAUUGGCUGCGUUAGUGCGCGGUUCAGCGGUUGUGGCCAGUUGCAAUAAUCAGCAGGUCCGUCUGCAGUCGGCUCAGGCAUCCGCACCUCCGCCGCAGACGAAGACCAAGUUUGGUCCUCUUGCUGAUCAGGAUCGUAUUUUCACCAAUCUCUACGGACGGCAUGACUGGCGCCUGAAGGGUGCUCUCAAGCGAGGUGAUUGGUACAAGACGAAAGAAAUUUUACUGAAGGGCACGGACUGGAUAUUGAACGAAAUGAAAGUUUCCGGCUUGCGUGGCCGCGGUGGUGCCGGGUUUCCCACUGGUAUGAAGUGGUCGUUCAUGAACAAACCCUCCGAUGGUCGCCCCAAGUAUCUUGUCGUGAAUGCCGACGAGGGUGAGCCGGGAACUUGCAAGGAUCGUGAGAUCAUGCGCCACGAUCCGCAUAAACUUAUCGAAGGAUGCCUGAUCGCAGGUCGUGCGAUGGGUGCCCGUGCCGCUUACAUUUACAUCCGCGGCGAGUUCUACAAUGAGGCAUCAAACAUGCAGUUGGCUAUCGCCGAAGCGUACCAGGCUGGUUUGAUCGGAAAGAACGCCUGUGGUUCCGGAUACGAUUUUGACGUUUUCAUGCACCGUGGUGCCGGGGCAUACAUUUGCGGUGAAGAAACGGCGCUUAUCGAAUCGCUUGAGGGAAAGCAGGGAAAACCACGCCUAAAGCCACCAUUCCCGGCUGAUGUCGGUGUUUUCGGCUGUCCGACGACGGUGUCCAACGUCGAAACCGUGGCCGUUGCACCCACUAUUUGCCGUCGCGGUGGAGUUUGGUUCGCCGGUUUUGGCCGCACGCGUAAUUCCGGUACGAAGCUGUUCAACAUUUCAGGACAUGUUAACACACCGUGCACGGUGGAAGAAGAGAUGUCCAUUCCGCUGAAAGAGCUCAUCGAGCGUCACGCUGGCGGCAUUCGCGGAGGGUGGGACAAUCUGCUUGGCGUAAUACCCGGUGGCUCGUCGACGCCAGUCAUUCCGAAGUCAGUCUGCGAGGACGUGUUGAUGGAUUUUGAUGGUUUGGUUCAGGCGCAAACCUCCCUGGGAACCGCCGCAAUUAUUGUGAUGGACAAGUCUACGGACAUUAUCAAAGCCAUUUCUCGUCUGAUUAUGUUCUACAAACACGAGAGCUGUGGCCAGUGUACGCCGUGCCGCGAGGGAAUAUCGUGGAUGAACAAGAUUAUGCACCGUUUCGUGGCCGGCAAUGCUCGUCCUGCCGAAAUUGACAUGCUAUGGGAAAUUUCAAAACAAAUUGAAGGACACACUAUCUGCGCUUUAGGCGAUGGUGCAGCUUGGCCAGUUCAAGGUCUUAUCCGACACUUCCGCCCGGAAAUUGAAGCCAGGAUGAAGCAGUACGAGCAGAAACAAGCUGCUGGAAAAAAUUAAUUAUCAGCAUAUCUUUCUCCUUGUGUCCAUACUUUGCCGGAGGCACUGCUGUAGUGAUUCAGUGACAACAAAAUCUAAACAAGCCAGCUUAAUUGGAAAUGUUAAUCGAAAAUCUUGUUUAUGAUAUAAGGCAUAAAUAAAUUUCGUACGGUGUUAAUUUAA